UCUCGAGCUGAACACUAGACCUGUUUGCACUCAUACUGAUGAAGUUUUUGUGGAGUAAAUGCUGUGUAGCAGCUUAAGAGGAAGUAACGUGUCUAACAGCUUUACGCACGAACGCUUUCAGUUCUUUUAACUCCGUGCGCAUUUACGCAGCAGAUGCGACAGUAACGUAAGCUGAACCAAAGAACCUCAGCAGCUGAGAUGGAGUGACCGUAUGAGAUCUCCUUCAUUCUGCUUUAAUAAACAUCAUUCUUCAUCACCAUCAUAUUCAUCAGAUGCUGUCGAUAUGAAGCAGCUUCUUAAAGCCACCAGGAUGCCAACAGAGUCUCACCUGAAAUCAGGAGGGAGAGCACGAUCGGCCAGUCGACAGCCAAUCUCAUUGGACGAUCUUCCUGAGAAGUACCUGAUGGGACAGUGGCCGCGAGAGCCGUACCAUCCCCGGCCCUCCUCCAUGAGUGAUAAAGCCACACAGACGCCUGGCUUCUGGAGUGAUGAUGGAGAGAUGAACAUACACAAGCGUUCAGCAUCAUGGGACAGCGCUGACCAUCUUAUGGAGAUCACUAAACUCCGCCAGCAGCUUCAGCUCAGUUUGAAGGGAAGCCGCAGUGUGAAGGAAAAAGAAGACGUAACAUCCACACAGCCGACACAAACACAGCCAAAGCAUCUCUCAGCAUCUUCAUCUAAUCCGGUCUUUUCACGGCCUCUCAUAUGUAGAAUGCCCAGCAAUAGUGACUGUAUUAACCAAGAGUUAGAAAAUGUGUUCGUCUGCGAAAAUUGGGGGAGGAAGGAGGAGAAGGCGUUGGAGGUACGAGAUGGUGGGCGUGCACCUGUUCCACCUCUGCAUCACAGUGACGUUAACCCUCACGACACAGAGGCGCAGGUCUCCUGCAGUCCGUGCGGCUAUUCUUCUCCAUCUCUGGACAUAGAGAAAGAUUACACAAGAGAUUCACCUUUCCCACAACUCGCCUGCUCACCCAAACCCAACCACAGUUACACGUUUAAACGUGAGCCUCCCGAAGGCUGCGAGAAAGUCAAAGUAUUUGAAGAUAUUGUUACUUGUAGGACACAAGGCUUUCCCAUCUUCUCCUGUCCAGAUAGAAACAAGGUGAACUUCUCUCCAAGCGGUUCAGCGUUCUGUCCCGUCAAGAUACUGUGUUCAUCAUUUUUCCCAGCAGAACGCACCGCUCGGCCCGGUUCUCUGGAUCAUCAGAACGCAGGACAAACGUCCACCUUAUUCACGGAGGCCACGGCACAAAACGGCUUCCAUCCAGUGCCUUCUGAACACUGCAGUAUUAGAAAGUGCCUGCUGCUUAGUUAGCCUAUCAAAUCUGAUAAACUUGUACAUGUAAGCUAUCUGAAACAACCCAGAGAAGAGACUUGCUAGGGCGCGUUUGAAAAGGGUUGUACAAAAAUCUCUUGUGUACUUUUUUAGCCGUUUCACACUGCACAAAUCUUUACCUAACCGCACAGCGUCAUUUAACUAACCUGGUUAUGAAAAUUAGAUUUAUGUACUGUAAAAGGAUUAGCUGACAAAUACUGCUAUCAAUAGAUCUUAAAGGCAAAUAGCCAAAAAUCUCACAUGCCUCAAACCCAUAACUCGGGUUAAACCUCCAGAAGGGCUGGGUGACAGUGCCAAACCUUUUCAGCCUUAUGAUGAUAUCCAAUACAUUUCUUGAUAUUUAUUUGAACUUGCUCUGACCUGCUGAAAGCUAUUUUUUCCUUUUUUUAAUAAAUCAGAUGAACGUCAUUUCAACCAAACAGUCGUUAUUAAUUAGUAAAGGCAAAUACUUUGUGAAUGUUAAGUAUUUCACUCAGCCUUAACUUCAAAUCCUAUGUACUCAACUGUGAUGAUAGCUCUGUGGGUUUUAAGUGAUAUUGUUCUUUAACCAUCAAUGGUUCACUAUACUGCUGGAUCCUCACAUUAAAGUGACCUUAAAUGCAUAAUAUUUGCAUAUAUUUA